CCAGCAGCUGUUUCUUCGGUUGUUCUUCCGCAGCGUGUCGCAUCAUGUUCAAGUGCAUCGAAGAGAAAUCGAACCCCGAAAAAUCGCGGUGUUUACUACUCAACAAGUAGAUUUUCUAUUAAUUGAUUGAGUGCGAGCGCGAAAUAUUCCGAUUUUGGAUGUAAGAUAUGCAAAAUGAUAGGCUGCUUCAUUUUACUUCUCUAUGCCUAUACUAUAUCCGGUAUAGGUUACGACGCAGGAGGCGGAGAUAGGGCGACCUGCGGUCGCCCUUAUCGGACUGGGCGCGUCUACCAGCCGCCCUGCGAUGUGGGCCGCUUGGGCUACUGCACAAGUGCCGGUCAAUUGUAUCCCUGGAGGGCGGUAAAGCGAUUUGUUAAAGACAAUCAAGGGUUGAUGCGCCGAAUGUACGGGGAUCAACGGCAUGGGCAUGUGCUAAGGGCGGAACUAACCGAUGGGGAUGAUUUUGAGGAGCAGUGGGAAAAGCGAGAGAAGGAAAAGGGCGGCUACGGGCAUUGGAAACCCACGCCGGUUAGGGUUGGACGAUACAAUGGAGACCUCGACAAUGAUCUUGAGGAGGAAUUGAGUAUGGAUUUUGACGACGAGCCUCGAUACCUUAGAGGAGAUACGGCGAACGACGAUGUGCUGAAUACAAAGUUUGUGGUGUCCGAGCAAGAAGCUGCCAUUGCCAUCAAACUAGCCGAGUUGAAAGCUGCUCAUUUUCGGCCAGUGAACUAUAGAACGCAACAUACGACUCACCGGCCAGCAGGAGCCAGUACAAAGCUCACCAAGCCGCCAGCAUCAACAGAAAAGCUUCAUCCUGCCACUUCUGCCAACGUGACCAAGCUGAAACCGUUCAAUGGCGCUUUGAAAAAGAACGCUUCUGAUGCCAAUGAGACCAGCAGCAAAGAGCCGAUCACCAUGAAAGCUUCGAAGCCGACAACCGAUCCUUUUACUGAAGAAUCCACUCUGCUUACCAGCUCUGCUGCUACAACAGAAGACUCAAUGGAGCAAUCGACGACUGAUACUACCACUGAGUGGGUAUCCAAGAAGUUUUCCUUUCCUGCAACCACUUAUCUAACCAAAAGUGACGGGUUUAGCAAAAUCACCACUUCAAAACCGCCCUCACCAAUCGCAGAAACAGAAACAAUGCCAGUGAGUGUAAAAGUUGGAAACCCUUCGGGAGCUGGUGAAGAUGGGCAUUGGGAUCAAACUGCCGAAUUCAGUGAAAACAGUGAAGUGUACAGUGAAAGUAGCGACGAAUUGAAGCAUCCAGACCGAAACCAGGCGAUGUUGUUUCAAGACAUGGUGGAAGAUCCUCCGAAGAAAGGCCCGGUCGAUUACCACAACAUGAAGGGAAUCAAUGCAUGUCCUGUUAAAGAAGAAGUGGUAGCACCAUUUUGGGCCAACAAUACUCGAGGAGAAGUUCUGGCCCUUUUGAACAUGUAUCCGUUCGAGCAAUACGUGCAUUGGGAAAAGUGCACUUUCGAGCACAGGCAAAUGUACUGCAGAGAGGGCUGUAGAUGCGAACAGCAAUACAGGCUGCAUCGUUUAUUGGCGUAUGAUCCGAGCAAUGAAUGCCGAGGAAUUUUUUCCGAUUGGUUCAAGUUCCCGUCCUGUUGCGUCUGCAUUUGUUAUGAUAUGCCGCCGGAGUUUCGGGUCACAUCGAGAAGUCCGAGGUUUCAAAUGUCCUUUUCAGAGGAGGCCGGUGGAGAAUGAAGCAUUACAAAAAAUUAACUAUGUUUAAGUUUUAACAGUUUUAUAGAAAGAUAAGGCUCGUGAUACUUUAGGGCACUUACUUAAUAUAAGGUUAGCUGAUAAAACAUUUAAAUAAGCGCUAAAUAAAGCACCUUAAACAAUGACUUUGUAAACUAGUGUACUAUUAAUAUAACUGACUAUUUACUCGUAUGUUCAAAUGUAACUUGUAAGUGUUUCAAAUUGGUUUAAGUGCGUCUAGUCCUUUUUUGUUGAUUUUUUAAAUUUGUUACUUUCGAUAUUGUCUAAUUUUUUUAAUUUAGACGGUUAUUUUUAGCGAAUAAACUAGAAAUCGCAACGUG